AGUUCCAGCUAACAACUAAGUGUACAAAUGACCAGAGACUCUGCACUUAUGAAGCCUCUUCUAUGCCUAUAUGUAAAUGCAUGUAGAUAAGUGAAACCUAAGAAAACUCCAGUGAUGUAUAAACUACUAGCACAAUCCAAGGCUCAAGUCCAUGAUGAUUGCAUCUUUCCAAACUCUGAUCAGCUCCCGCCACCGGAAUUCCUCAGAGAGGUCAUUUUUGCUGCAGAUAGUUUCUGGGAUUUGGAAUCAGCUUUUGGGUGUGCAGAUGGUGUCAUGAGAACAGCUACAGGCUACUGUGGUGGAUCAUUGGUAAAGCCUAGAUACAAAGAGGUUGUGGAGAGGAAAACUGGGCACACAGAGGCUGUUAGAGUAAUCUAUGACAAGCGAAAAACAUCGUACCGAUCCCUGCUUAAUGUCUUCUGGACAAGCCAUGAUCCUACAAAGAAGGCCUACCUGGAGUUUGGUGUUAGCACACACUAUAGAUCUACAAUCUUUUAUGGAAAUGAAGAGGAGAAGAAACAAGCUCAUGAGUCUAAGGUUCAGCAACAAAUGAAGUUGAAUAGGAGGAUUGUCACUAAGAUUCUGCCUUGCUCCAUGAAGUACAAUGGAGAGUUUUACAUGGCAGAGAGUCAUCAUCAAAAGUAUUACCUCCAGAGGGACUACAUCAAGCUUUGUGAGGCUCUUAGCCUUCGUAGUGCUGAGCAGUUUGCUGACUCUCACAUUGCUUGCAAGCUAAAUGGAAUACUUAGUGGUGGUAAAGAAAAGGUUGCCGUGGAGGAGCUGAAGAAGUUAAUCGAGAGAGAUGAAAUAUCACAUGAAACAAAGAUACUUUUGGGAGGAAUUAUACUAGAUUUAAGUGUGAAAAAGGCCUUGGAAAACUAAGAUGCAUGCAUCAAUCAAUUUACAUGUGCGU